UCACACAGGCAUAACACUCAUUUUGAGUCGAAACUUUUAAGUGUCAAGCUCUUAAUCACCGCCAACCAGCAACCCUAAACAAGAAAAAAUGGUGAACAUUCCCAAGACUCGUAAGACUUACUGUCCUGGUAAGAACUGCCACAAGCACACCUUGCACAGAGUCACUCAAUACAAGAAGGGUCCCGACUCUAAGGUUGCUCAAGGUAAGCGUCGUUAUGACCGCAAGCAAAGUGGUUUCGGUGGUCAAACCAAGCCCGUCUUCCACAGAAAGGCCAAGGUUACCAAGAAGGUUGUCCUUCGUUUGGAAUGUGUUGCUUGCAAGUACAAGAACCAAAUCAGCUUGAAGCGUUGCAAGCACUUUGAGCUCGGUGGUGAGAAGAAGACCAAGGGUGCUGCUAUCCAAUUCUAAGCUUAUUAGCAAUAAAUGGAAUUGUAUUUUUCUGCGGUUAAAAAUUGUAUGGUGUCAAAAUAUGUUUGUAGUGAAGUGAUAUUGAUAUUGUAUAUUUUCAACCUUGUAAGGUCUACUUUUAUUAACUUUGUGAAUCCAUUAGUAACGAUCAACAUAAACG